UCAUUCCUUUUGUGGCAAUUUCGAUAUAUCAGUCAAAUCUCUUCCACUUCUCACCUCAGUCCAAGUUUUAGUCAACUAAACCAGAAGCAGAGAAAAGCUCAACUCAACUUAUAUGGAUAUCUUUCACCGAUUCUCUGAUCAAUACUCUUUCCUAUCAAAUUCUUACUCGUUCAACGUGCCGGAUUCUUCUUCCUCGAUGUCGGACUCCUUUAGUCGUCGAGCUGCUCACUCAGACGAGGAGGUCAUGCUGGCUUCCAGCCACCCCAAGAAGCGCGCCGGUCGGAAGAAGUUCCGGGAGACUCGGCACCCGGUUUACAGGGGCGUCAGGAGAAGGAACUCCAAUAAGUGGGUGUGCGAGGUCAGGGAGCCCAACAAGAAGUCGCGGAUAUGGCUGGGAACGUUCCCCACUGCGGAAAUGGCUGCCAGGGCUCAUGACGUCGCUGCAUUGGCUCUCAGGGGGCGGUCCGCUUGUCUCAACUUCGCUGAUUCCGCGUGGCGUUUGCCCGUUCCCGUCUCCGCCGACCCCAAGGACAUUCAGAAGGCGGCAGCGGAGGCUGCGGAGGCGUUCCGGCCUCAGGAGUCGGAUGCGAUGUCGUCCGCUGAUGAUGUGAAGCCGGAGAAUGCAACGGCGACGUCGUCGGAAAACGUGUUGUACAUGGACGAGGAAGCAAUUUUCGGGAUGCCGGGAUUGCUUACCAACAUGGCAGAAGGGUUGCUACUCUCCCCGCCUCACUGUUUACAAGGUUGGGAUGACGUGGAAAGUGAUGCUGACGUGUCUCUAUGGAGUUACUCAAUAUGAUUGCGCCAGUAGCAAACAGAAGAGUCUGCUUUAUAAUUUUAUAUAUAAAGUGGGAUAGUGGUGGGCCCCCUUCUAUUUUUUUUCUGACAGGGGACAGAAAUGGAAAAGGGAUUGGGCUUGCUUUUGCUUUGCUUGGUAGGAAUGUAGGAUGCAAAUAUCUAUGUAUACAGUGCAAUUUCUUUGUAAAAUUUUGCCUCAAUUACGAUGUCUGUUGCUCUCAAAUUCGAGUUCGAGUCAAAGGUUCAAAGUAGGGAAGCUGAAAACAAAAUUUUGAAGGUUCAAA